CACACUGUAAAAUAGAGGAAGAAGCACCCAAACACAAAGAAAUGGCAAUAUCAACUCUCAACAGACUCUCCUCUCAAUUCAACCGCCUCCCUUCUCUCUCUCCCUUCACCAAAUCUCUUCUCACCCGCUCCUUUGCCAAAGUCGCUGACAGAAUCGUGAAGCUCUCCGCGAUCGACCCGGACGGUCAGAAACGAGAGAUCGUAGGGCUCUCAGGUCAAACUCUUCUCAAAGCCCUAGCAAACAACGGCCUAAUCGACCCAGCUUCGCACCGCCUGGAGGAGAUCGAAGCUUGCUCCGCCGAGUGCGAGGUCAACAUCGCGCAGGAAUGGCUUGAGAGGCUGCCCCCGAGAUCUUAUGACGAGGAGUAUGUGUUGAAGAGGAAUUCGAGAACUAGGGUUUUGAACAAGCAUUCAAGGUUGAGCUGUCAGGUUGUGCUUACCCAGGAUCUCCAAGGUAUGGUCGUUGCUGUCCCUGAGCCUAAGCCUUGGGAUAUUCCGUAAUUUGAAUGUGCUAACUUUGUUUGGGAUUAAAUUUUGAAUAAUGUGCACAUUUGAAAUGUUUUCUUGUUUUGAUUCUGUUGGGUAUCUGUAAGACUUUCCUUCAAUUGGGCUUCCUAUGAAUUUAUUUCUUUGAA